AUGCGCAGAGCAGUUCUGUGCAAGAGAGUCUCAAUUCGAAGUGGAUCUAUCUGUCUCUCUAUCUAUCUAUCUCGGUUUUUUACACAUGUAUUUAUGUCACUUUGUUCACAUCUAUCUGUCGUUUUCAGUCUUUUCAUAUCUCUCUCUCUGUUUCAGCCUUUUCAUAUCUAUCUAUCUAUCUAUCUAUCUAUCUAUCUAUCUAUCUGUUUCAGUUUUUUUUUUAUAUCUAUCUCUCUGUUUCAGUCAUUUCGUAUCUAUCUAUUUCAAUCUUCAUAUCUAUCUAUUUCAGUCUUUCCAUAUCUAUCUAUCUAUCUAUCUAUCUAUCUAUCUAUCUAUCUAUCUAUCUAUCUAUGUCAGUCACUUCAUAUCUAUCUAUCUAUCUAUCUAUCUAUGUCAGCCACUUCAUAUCUAUCUAUGUCAGUCACUUCAUAUCUAUCUAUCUAUCUAUCUAUCUAUCUAUCUAUCUAUCUAUUUUUUUCUGUUUUUUUUUUAUAUCUAUCUCUCUGUUUCAGUCAUUUCGUAUCUAUCUAUUUCAAUCUUCAUAUCUAUCUAUUUCAGUCUUUCCAUAUCUAUCUAUCUAUCUAUCUAUCUAUGUCAGUCACUUCAUAUCUAUCUAUCUAUCUAUCUAUCUAUCUAUCUAUUUGUUUCAGUUUUUUUUUAUAUCUAUCUCUCUGUUUCAGUCAUUUCGUAUCUAUCUAUUUCAAUCUUCAUAUCUAUCUAUUUCAGUCUUUCCAUAUCUAUCUAUCUAUCUAUCUAUCCAUCCACGAUGCGAUCAGUUAA